AUGGACACCGAGCUCAAAUGUAAUCGUCUCACUUGUAGGAAAUGUUUGACAGACAAAGCUGUCGUCGUGAUCGAUUGUGCGAAUGAGCUAUUCAACGCGGCGCGUCUGUGCCCAGCUUGUGAAUCUUCUUUAUCCGAACCAGACGAUGUUGUUGUACGUCCAAGAUCCCUCUACAUAGUCUGCUCUUUGCAUCCAUCCAAUGACUACAAGACUUCUGUUCUUUCCGGCUUGACACCGUCGAUUAUAUUGGAGAUAUGCAGCCGUGCAAUAGCCUUCUGGCAAUACCAGAUACAUCAAGAAAAUUCUUUCCAACAAGCCGUGUUGCGUAAUCUCAACGACAAAAACUCGCAACUUCAAAAACAGUUGGAUAAUGUUGUUCGAGAAGCCAACGGGGAAAUAUCUCUACUCAACAAUAAGACCGCAGACCUGGAAAGAGACCUGGAGGUGGAACGCAGAAAGGUCCGCGACUUACAAGAUGGUACCCGAGAAAGAGAGAAAGAAUACCAGAAACUCAAAGUACAAGAGCAAUUUGCAUGA